GAUCGCCGGUGCGCUGUGUCUCUCGGACACAGCAGAUCACGGAAAGAGCCAAAGAUGUGGGCUCGGUCAUGUGAUCAGCUGUGUCCAAUCACAGCUGAUCACAUGGCACUAAUGAUCAGUGUGCCCUGAUGAUCAGUGUGGCCCUAGAAGUGCCACAUGUCAGUGUCCAUCAGUGUCAGCAGUCAGUGCUCAUCAGUGCCACAUGCCAGUGCCCAUCAGUGCCACAUCAAUGCCACAUAUUAGUGCAUACCAAUGCACAUCAAUGCCACAUAUCAGUGCCCAUCUGAGCUUCCUUUCAAUGUCACCCAUAAGUGCCAGUCAGUGCCACCUAUCAACGCCAAUCAGUGCCACCUAUCAGUACCAGUCAGUGUCGCCUAUCAGUGCGCAUCAG